AUGCCCUUCUCUGCAACUCUCUCACCUCCCACUCUUUCUUACUUCCCUCAAACACAACAAUACCAACAACAAUUGCAUCUUCCUCACACUCUCAAUCCCUAUCUCAAACCGAAAAGUUUCAGUCUUCAAUUUCAAUGCGCCCAAGCCUCCAGACGAACCCCUAAUUACCCUCAGGGCGGCGCUGAUAAUCUGGUUGAUGAUCCGCGCAACUGGAGCCGUUCGAUCAACUCCGAGGUCGACCGGCACUAUAAUUUCGAAGACGAUGAUGAAGACGAUGAGGAUGACGAUGAUGAUGAAGAAGAAGAUAGGAGUUUGGAUUUAUUGGUGAGGUUUGUUCAGAAUAUGUUCAAGAAGGUCUCCAGGCGAGCCAGGAGGGCCGUACGAUCAGUUCUCCCCGUCUCAAUUCCCACCAAAUUGGUGGGGUUUUCUGUUAAUGGGGUGCUCAUGCUGGCAUUUUUAUGGGUCUUGAAGGCAUUUCUUGAGGUUGUUUGCACCCUUGGAAGUCUAGUGUUUGUAAGCAUCUUACUCAUCCGUGGGAUAUGGACUGGAGUAACCUACGUACAAGAAAACCGCAACCAGAAACUCCGCAAUUUUGAAGAUGAAAGUCGUCCGUGGACUGGCACACAGCCGGCAACCUGA